CGGGGUUGGUCGCCAUGGCGACGCGGAACGCACGGAGCUUAGGCGACAGCAUUCGACACAAAACAACACACUUGGACAACACCAACACAACAUUACACACUUAUACAACACCUACACACACAGCCCUUGCAUAAACACCUACACAACACUACAUAGGCCGCUUCUGCUGCUGUAGAUUCACGCAGAAGUGUCAGGUGAGCGGAUCGACCAAGUCGGCGCCCGCCAUGUCUCAGGCCCAGGCGCACGCGCACCAUGUGUUUGGUCUCGCCGGAGCCCCGGGUCCCGGCGCCGCCUCCUUUGCCUUCCUCGACGAGCAGACCCUGGUGUUUGCCGCAGCCAACCAGCUGGUGCGGGCGAGCGCCGGCGCCGGGGCCGAACUGCGGACGCAAGCCCUGACACCAGGGCCCGAGCGGGGUGGCGUCGCCGCCGGGGGAGCCGCGGCGUCGGGGACCGCGAGGGUGCAAGCGGCCGGGCGCGCCUUCGCACUCAGCCCCAACCGCCGCUUCCUGGCGCUGGGCUCGGCACGCAUCGCGGCCGCGCUGGCGCCCGCGGACGGUGGCGGCGGUACCGCCGAUCGGGCGAUGCCGGCCUCCGUGGCGGUGUAUGACCUGCAGGCUGAGCCUGUGCGGCGCCGCAAGGUGCUCAACCUCGGUGAUGCACAACUGCAGCAGGCGGCGGGACCACCCGGCGCCCCCGGUGGCCCUGGCGGGGCGGGCGGUGUUCUGACGGGGACCGUGACGGUGCUCACCGGGCCGCCCCCGCAGGACGUGGUGAGCCUGGGCUUCUCGGCCGACUCGCGCUGGCUGCUUGUGCAGGCCGGAGCCCCCGACUGGCUGCUCACUCUCUGGCUAUGGGAGAAGGGGCGGCUCAUGGCCGCCACUCGCAGUGCCCCCCUUGGGGGUGGACCUGUCCAUCAGGUGUCGCUGAGCCCCCAGGAUGCGGGGCUGGCGUGCGUCACGGGACAAGGCGUGUUCCGCCUAUUUCGCUACGCUGAGGGGGCGCUGCGUGGCAUGGGGGCAGGCGCGGCACGCGCGGCCAUCGACCCCCAUGCCCCUGUCUACCUGAGCCACACGUGGCUCGGCCCAGACCGUGUCAUCGUGGGCACGGACACGGGACGCCUCCUCACCUUCCUGGGUGGCGAGCAGCGCGGGGAAACAAUCGUGGAGUCACCUGUGGGGUUGGGUUUCCCUGUGUGGGCCAUAUGCGCGUUUGCCCGCGGCGUGGCCUGCUCGGCAGGGCCGGGCACCGUGUGUCUUAUGGAGCCGGGGGAGGCUCGCGGAGACCCCCUACACCUGGCACGCACAAUUCAGAUCCCGGCAGAUGCGGGCGCUGGAGACGAAGACCGCGCAGAGGCCCCCGGAGUCACGUCGCUGGUGUUCAGCCCGUCCGAGGAGACACUGCUCGUGUCAACCGAUCAACACCGCCUCUACGGCGUCACGCUGUCGGCCAGCGACAUCACCAGGGGUGAGGUGUCGUGGCUGGAGCCGGUGUCCCCGCCUCCUCACCACGGCGCCAUCACGGGCCUCGAUGUGUGCGCUAGGAAGCCGCUGGCCGCCACUUGCUCCCUCGACCGUUCUCUGCGCGUCUGGAACUACGAGACCAACUCCCUGGAGCUGCACCACGUGUUCCCCGAGGAGGCCCACAGUGUGGCGCUGCACCCCUCGGGGCUGCAGGUGCUCGUCGGCUUCUCCGACAAGUUGCGGCUGCUCACGCUGCUGCUGCAUGACGUGCGGCCACUGCGCGACUUCCCCGUGCGCGCCUGCAAGGAGUGCUGCUUCAGUAACGGUGGACACCUGUUUGCUGCAGCCAAUGGGAAUGUCGUCCAGGUGUUCUCCAGCAUCACAUUUGAGAACGUUGCAAACCUCAAGGGGCACAGCGGAAAGGUGCGGGGAUUGGCCUGGAGCGUGGAUGAUGCGCGCCUCGUGUCGUGCGGCCUCGACGGCGCUGUGUACGAGUGGAGCCCUCUGUCGGGGCGGCGCGACGCCGAGUGCGUGGUCAAGGCGUGCGCCUACACCGGCGUGGCGGUGGCGCCCGACGCGCGUGCUGCCGUCUACGCCGUGGGCUCCGACCGGACGCUCAAGGAGAUCGCCGACUCCCAGGUUGUGCGAGAGGUGGAGUCGGACGGCGUACCUCUCACGGCGGUGCUCGUGCCGCGCUCGGGGCGCCUGCUGCUCGCCGGCACCGCGCUGGGGACGCUGCGCUCGCUGCGCUUCCCGCUCACAUCCACGCCGGGAGACUGGGUCGAGUACCAGGGACACGCCGGAGCCAUCACCAAGAUGCGCGUCACGCACGACGAGCAGUUUGUGGUGACGGUGGGCGAGGACGCGUGCGUGCUCGUGUGGCGCCUCACCGACAAGGAGGGCCGCAGCCUGCGGCGAGAGCGCGACGUCCCCUACUCCGACGAGAUCCUCGUCACUAAGGCUGACCUGCAAGACAAGGAGCAGGCCACGUUGGACCUGCGCGCGCGGCUGGAGGAAGUGCGGAGCGAGAGCGAGUACUCCCAGCGGCUGCGCGACAUGACGUACCAGGAGAAAGUGCGCGAGCUCACCGACAAGUUCGUGCACGAGAUGGAGGCGCUCAAGACCAAGAACCAGGUGCUGAAGGUGGAGCGCGAGCGGGACGCGGCGCGGCACACCCAGGAGCUCGCCGAGCUGGCGCAGAGGCAUGCGCAGCAGCUGCACGACACCGAGUCCGGUAACAGCCAGAAGCUGCUGCUGGAGUACGAGCGGCAGCAGGAGCUGCAGGUGCGCGCCCAGCGCAUGCAGGACGAGUUCGAGCAGCAGCUGCAGGAGGCGGACGAGGCCCGGGAGCGCGCGUUGCGCUCUUCCGCACAGAACUACGAGCAGCAGCUCGCAGAGCAGCAGGAGCUGCUCAAGCAGGUGGAGGAGGCACGCCAUCUGGAGCACCGCUCACACGAGGAGUCUCGCCGGCAGCUGGAGGAGGACGCCGACCGCGAGCUGCUGCUGUCGCGCACUGACCUGGAGAAGCAGCUCUACGCCCUGCGCGACGCCAACGCUCGCCUGCAGGGGGAGGCUGGCAUCAUGCGCAAGAAGUUUGCCAGCCUGCAACGCGAGGCGGAGGAGCGGCAAAGCGAGGUGGAGCGCGUGCGGGCGGAGCAGACGCGUCUGGGCGGCGUGGUGCGUGCCCUGGAGCGUGACGUGCAGGCCCUCCGCAAGGAGGUGCAGGAGCGUGACGACACCAUCCAUGACAAGGAGAAGCGAAUCCACGAGCUGAAGAAGAAGAACCAGGAGCUGGAGAAGUUCCGCUUUGUGCUCGACUACAAGAUCAAGGAGCUCAAGCGGCAGAUGGAGCCUCGGGAGCAGGCGCUCAGCAUGGCCCGCACACACACACAGCAGAUGGAGACGGAGUUGGAGAGGUUCCAGAAGCAGGUGUCCCAGCUGGAGCUCGCAGUGGCCGACACGCGGAGCAAGAUGCAGGCUGCCGAACGGCAGACGGCACGCGAGCGAGACCGGGUGCGGGAGGUGGAGGCGCUGGUGAAGCGCUUCAAGACCGACCUGCACGGCAUCGCCGGCCUCAUCCAGGAGCCCCGGCAACUCAAGGAGGCGGUGACGCAAUUGUACCACCGCUACGUGCAGCUCGCCGACGCGAAGGAGAUCCGGGGAGAGGACGCGGACGUGCAGCGAGAGUUUGCCCGGCAGAAGGACCACCUGGAGCGGAGCGUCGCGUCGCUUCGAAAACAACUGAGCUCCGACACGGAGUCUCACCGCAGCGAGAACGCCCGCAUCAUACAGGAGAAUGUAACACUGGUCCGAGAGGUGUGCGACCUGCGUAAGGAGCUCCGCAACAUCCGCACGCACGUCCACCAGCUGGAGCUCAGCGCCAAGAGGAACCGGCCCCGACCAGAAAGCUCGAUGGAGAUUGGCAAGGGGCAGGGGGCGGAGCCCAGCACAGACCACGUGAUCGAGCUCCAGCGAAUGGAGAUCCGGCGACUCCGUGAGCAGCUGCACCAGCGUCCGCAGUCAGGGUCUCGCCUCCCUGCCAUCACCGCCUAGACCACAGUCACCCCCCACGUCACCUCCUACUGUCCCGUCCUCCCAUCACCGCCCCAUCCUCCCAUCAUCACACCAUCUCCCAUCACCGCCUAGACCACAGUCACCCCCCACGUCAACUACGACCGCCCCAUCCUCCCAUCAUCACACCAUCUCCCAUCACCGCCUAGACCACAGUCACCCCCCCCACGUCACCUCCUACCGUCCCGUCCUCCCCUCACCGCCCCAUCCUCCCAUCAUCACACCAUCUCCCAUCACCGCCUAGACCACAGUCACCCCCCCACGUCACCUCCUACCGUCCCGUCCUCCCAUCACCGCCCUAUCCUCCCAUCAC